CCAGUGUCACCUCCACCUGUAGUGUCACCUCCCCAGUGUCACCCAACCCCACUGUCACCUCCAUCCCACUUGUCAUCCCCAGUGUCCCCAUGUCCCCAUCCAAGAGGACCUCCAUGUCAAUGUGCUGCACGUGGGGACACCGCUGUCACCUCCCUGUCACCUCCCCCUACGCUGUCACCUCUCCUCUGUGUCACCUCCCCCCCACUGUCACCCACCCCCAUGGUGUCACCUCCCUCCCGGUGUCCCCAUGUCCCCAUUCAAGUGGACCUUCAGUGUCACCUGACCCCAGUGUCACCCAACCCCACUGUCACCUCCACCCCACUGUCACCCACCCCCAUGGUGUCACCUCCCCUCUGUGUCACCUCCAUCCCACUGUCACCCACGCCCAUGGUGUCACCUAUACCCCAAUGUCACCUCCCCCCAUGGUGUCACCUCCCCUCUGUGUCAUCUCCCCCUACAUUGUCACCCCCAGUGUCCCCAUGUCCCCAUCCAAGAGGACCUCCAUGUCGCUCCCCCCCAGUGUCACCUCCACCUGUAGUGUCACCUGACCCAGUGUCACCCAACCCCACUGUCACCUCCAUCCCACUGUCACCCAAGCCCCAUGGUGUCACCUCCACCCCACUGUCACCCAACCCCCAUGCUGUCACCUCCCCUCAGUGUCACCCACCCCCAAUGUCACCUCCCCCCAUGUGUCACCUGACCCCAGUGUCACCCAACCCCACUGUCACCUCCACCCCACUGUCACCCACCCCCAUGGUGUCACCUCCCCUCUGUGUCACCUCCAUCCCACUGUCACCCACGCCCAUGGUGUCACCUAUACCCCAAU